AUGACAGAGAUCGGUUCACCACGCCGGAGGAAGGAGCCGAGUCGCCACACUCCACCUCCGCACCAAUCUUCCACCGCGGAGAAUCACCACUGUGGAGCUCGAGACGAAACCGAGAAGAAGACCUCUCCGCUGAAAACUGAGCAAAACGGAGAAGAGCCGAACAGAGGAAAGGAAAGGUGGGGCCUCUCCCGGCGGUGGCGAGGAGCGCCGGCCGCCGGAGAGGAAGAAGCCAAGAUGAAAAAAAAGGUUGACGGCGGCUGGGUUUAG